UCCCGCUUUAUUUGAGCCAAGUAUAUUUUAACACACUCAACAAUGAUAACCAGACUGGCUGCCUCUUGAACUGUUGCAUAAACCGUUGCUCGUGUUCUUUAUCAGAUUGGACUUUGGAAUUGCCUGGAUUUCCUCUUACAGCUGCCCGGUGCGGUUCAUGAGCCACCAAAGUUACUUUACUUCGGUUCUCAGCUGCUUUCGGAAGUUCCACUUCGUCGGGUCUCACCAUGUCUCGAAUGCUGAGCAGAGAUUUGCCUGAUAUUGAGAAUAUUCUGGCAUUAAAUCCACGUGUGAAGACGUGCGCAUCUCUGCGAUCCACAGAAAGAACCAAGAAUGUCAAACAGCAUUGGAAACGAAAUACCAACAAAAGCUGCUCACACUACGAGAAACUGGAGAAUAAUUUCGAUGACAUCAAACACACCACUCUCAGUGAACGAGGAGCACUUCGUGAAGCAAUGAGGUGUCUGAAGUGUGCUGAUGCUCCUUGUCAAAAAAGUUGCCCUACUAAUCUGGACAUAAAGUUAUUUAUCACCAGCAUUUCAAACAAGAAUUACUACGGUGCUGCCAAAACCAUUCUAUCUGACAACCCCCUAGGCCUAACAUGUGGGAUGGUAUGUCCAACAUCUGACCUGUGUGUGGGUGGAUGCAAUUUAUAUGCAACCGAAGAAGGAGCUAUUAAUAUAGGUGGACUGCAGCAGUUUGCUCUAGAGGUAUUCAAAGCUAUGAAGAUCCCUCAGAUUCGGAAUCCAUCGCUUCCACUUUCAGAUGAAUUACCUGACAGCUAUCGUGCUAAAAUAGCCCUGAUCGGAUGUGGACCUGCCAGUAUUAGCUGUGCAUCUUUCUUAGCUCGACUGGGCUACACAGAUGUAACGAUAUUCGAGAAACAGCAAUAUGGUGGGGGUUUGAGCACAAGUGAGAUCCCUCAGUUCCGACUGCCUUAUAAUGUUGUCCAGUUUGAGAUCAAGCUGAUGAAGGACCUUGGCGUGAAGAUUGUUUUUGGUAAAGGUCUGGGAACGGAAGGGAUGACUCUGGAAACCUUAAAGCAAAAUGGAUACGAGGCAAUCUUCAUUGGUAUAGGUUUACCAGAGCCAAAGAGAGAUCACAUUUUCAAAGGCUUAACCAUGGAAAAUGGCUUCUACACAUCCAAAGACUUCCUGCCCCUUGUUGCCAAAGCCAGCAAAGCAGGAAUGUGUGCUUGUAACUCCAGACUGCCAACACUCCGAGGCACAGUGAUUGUACUUGGUGCUGGAGACACUGCCUUCGACUGUGCAACGUCUGCGUUACGCUGUGGAGCUCACCGGGUGUUUGUGGUUUUCAGAAAAGGAUUUACCAAUAUCAGGGCGGUCCCAGAGGAGAUGGAGUUGGCAAAAGAAGAGAAAUGCGAGUUUCUCCCUUUCCUGUCUCCAAGGAAGGUGAUCCUGAAGUGUCAGCGCAUUGCUGCAGUGGAGUUUGUUCGCACGGAGCAGAAUGAUCUUGGAGACUGGAUUGAAGAUCAAGAGCAAAUUGUUCACUUAAAAGCAGAUUUUGUCAUCAGUGCAUUUGGCUCCAUUCUCAGUGACCCAGCAGUGAAGGAGGCUGUUGCCAGCAUUAAGUUCAACAGAUGGGGGUUCCCAGAGAUUGAUUCAGAGACCAUGCAGGCCAGUGAGCCAUGGGUAUUCGCAGGUGGUGACAUUGCUGGUUUGGCCAACACAACCGUCGAGUCUGUGAAUGAUGGGAAACAGGCUUCCUGGCACAUUCACAAAUAUUUACAGUCUUUACAUGGCUAUCUCAUUCUUGAGAAGCCUGAGCUACCUCUCUUUUACACGCCUAUCGAUCUCGUGGACAUCAGUGUAGAGGUGGCUGGAUUAAAAUUUUCAAAUCCUUUUGGCCUUGCCAGUGCAGCUCCAACAACCAACGCAGCAAUGAUUCGAAGAUCCUUCGAGGCAGGUUGGGCCUUUGCAUUGACAAAGACGUUUUCCUUGGAUAAGGAUAUAGUGACAAAUGUUUCCCCAAGAAUUGUGCGUGGAAUGACUUCCGGUCCUACCUAUGGUCCUGGGCAAAGUUCUUUCCUUAACAUUGAACUCAUCAGUGAGAAGACAUGUGCAUACUGGUGCAAAGGCAUUACUGAGUUAAAGGCUGAUUUUCCCAAAAAUAUCAUUAUUGCCAGCCUCAUGUGUACUUACAACAAGGAUGAUUGGAUAGAACUUGCAAAGAUGGCAGAGGCUUCUGGUGCAGAUGCUCUCGAAUUAAACUUGUCUUGUCCACACGGCAUGGGAGAAAGAGGAAUGGGACUGGCCUGUGGACAGAAUCCAGAGCUGGUGAGGAACAUCUGCCGUUGGGUGAGACAAGCUGUUAAGAUUCCUUUCUUUGCCAAGCUGACCCCAAACGUCACAGACAUUGUAAAUAUCGCUGUGGCAGCCCAGGAAGGUGGUGCAGAUGGUGUUACAGCAGUCAACACUGUUUCUGGGCUGAUCGGGCUUCGAGCAGACGGCACACCCUGGCCUGCUGUUGGUGGAGGCAAGCUAACCACAUAUGGUGGAGUAUCUGGGAUUGCCAUAAGACCAAUAGCUUUGCGAGCGGUAUCCGCUAUUGGAAAAGCACUGCCAGGAUUCCCAGUCUUAGCUGCUGGAGGAAUUGAUUCAGCUGAAGCAGGCCUACAGUUUCUGAACUGUGGUGCCUCUGUGCUACAGGUAUGCAGUGCUAUUCAAAAUCAGGACUUCACCUUAAUUGAUGACUACUGCACAGGGCUGAAGGCAUUGCUUUACCUGAAAAGUAUUGAGGAAUUGCAAGACUGGGAAGGACAGAGCCCUCCAACAAUGUGUCACCAGAAAGGAAAACCUGUUGCUGAACUCGAUGAUAUUGUCGGGAAACACUUGCCCAGUUUUGGACCUUACCUUGAGCAGCGUCAGAAGAUCAUCGCAGAGUAUAAGCUGAAGCAGAAGGAGCGGAAUGAAAUUGUUCAAGAACCUGAUGAAAGAUCAUAUGUAGUCAAGAAAGCCAUUCCAAAAGUGCAGGAAAUGAUUGGCAAAUCGCUGUCACAGAUUGGAGCCUUUGGCCAAUUGAACCUCAAGGAGCAUGUGGUAGCUCUGAUUGAUGAAGAGAUGUGCAUCAAUUGUGGCAAAUGCUACCUGACUUGCAAUGACUCUGGAUACCAGGCCAUAACCUUUGAUCCCAAGACUCACCUCCCUCAUGUUUCUGAUGUCUGCACAGGUUGCACUCUUUGCUAUAGCGUCUGUCCCAUCAUUGACUGCAUUCAAAUGGUUCCUCGUGUAAUACCUUAUGAGCCAAACAGAGGCAUUCCUCUGUCUGUCUCAGCAGUUCAUUGAAGUAAUUUGCUUCAGCCAUAAAAUGCAACCUAACAUUCAUUUAUGAGCAUUGAUUUAGUCAUUAAUGAUGCAAUAUGACAGACAGUUAUUUUCAAAGUAUUGAUUUCUAGCCUGCUAUUUUUGUUUCUGCGGCCUUGGAUUCUUCAAACGAUUGGCGAACAUCUAGCGUAAAAGUGCAGCGUUUAAAUAAUUUGUCAGCAAUACAUUUAAUAUUUAACAUGUUGUAAGAAAAUUGCCCAAUGCCUUACGGUGAGUAGAACGUUAUAUAUAAUUCACAGUGUAUUAAUAGUUGCUAAACUAUGGUUUCAUCACGGUGCUGUAAAACAAAGGGCUUUGGCCAAGACACAAACAUUUUAGGGAGGUGCCACAGGGUGAAUCAGGAAACCUCAAACAAGCAGCCCCCUCCUCCGCCCCAUUUACUUUAGUGGAGAGUCAUUUGAUAUGUUGAAGCAGCAUAUUUCAUGCAAGGGAACAAAGAGAAAUUUCCAGAGAAAUUUCCAACCUAGUAAGUAACGUGACUGAAAUUUACAUUCAUCUCACUGCAUGAGAUGUGUUUCUUCAGCUUGUGCAGUACCAUCCCAUUAUAUAGAUAAGGAUAUCUGCCUGCAGCAUUCCUCUGCAGCUCGCUAUUCACAUUUAAUCUCACCUAGAAGCGCACAACCUACUGCGUUCUGCCAAUAAGGUUAAUUCUCAAAUCUGAAUCAAAUCUGACAUGUGCGUAAACUUAUGAUGAAACCAGUUACUGGAAAAAUGAUAUUCUGUAGGAGCGAGAGAAACUUAUCUGAAGUUUUAUUUGAAUCUGAUAGAGAUGGUUAUCGGUUUUCAUAAUGAUACUUUUGCGGAAAUCUGUAGGCAGAAAGAUUCUUAAAGGGUGGGAAAAAUAAAUCACUAAAUUAAGGAUUGUUUUCAGUAACAAAGUUGAGGUUCUAGAUAGACUUGCCCUGUGCAGAUUAUAGAAAUUGUUCCUUCUGUUUUAGAAUUAAUUAUGGUUAAUCUGCUUUUAAUUGUUUUUGCACAAACGUAUAUUAAUUUUUGUUUUUGCUGUUCAUAAUAAUUCUAUGCCAAUUAAAAGUUACAGUAUUUACGGAUGUAGUAACUGCAGCAUGGCAGGGUAAUGAGAUUUUCAUGGUGGACAAUUUCGUAAACAUAUAACCGUCUUGAUGCCUUACAUAUUAUUCACCCCCACUUGUUUUUGCUUGGCUAGGAGCAGGUUUGCAAAGUAUUUAUUGGUUGAGGUUCAGUGAAUUGCUUCUUGCGGAGUUUUAUACAGUACAGCAUUCCCUUACAUUAGAUGGUGGUGCUGAGUAAACAUAAAAGGAGUUCAACAUACAUCUGGUUUUGAAAUGUACUUUAAGGCUGAGUUCAGGCAUUGAUCACAAAAUGCAGGGACCAUGGGGAUAUCUUCCAUGGAGUGCAAAUGGGAUGUAGAUGUAUUUUAAUACUGACAUCCUGAAAUUGCCUUUGUUUGAAAGCUUUAACUGCCAUUCAGCUCCCUUGAGAGACCAAUUGUUAAGGAGGCUACAAAAUUAUUUAUAACUCAGGGAGGGCAGGCUUGAUGAAUCAGAUGGCACUUCCCCUCUCCAUACUUGCAUUUGCCCCAGUGAGAAGUAUUGAUGCUGGUUACAGAGAUGUCAACAAUAGUCGAGGAAGUGUAAGAGGCAGUGAGCAUUAAGCAAACAAAUUACAAAAAAGGAAAGAAAAAAAUUGGUAAAAUAGGACCAGGAGUAUGUAUUUUAGAUUUAGAUUUUGAGCAUUGAGUUGAUGCACGACUGAUAUUUUUCCAUUAUUGCAUGUUCUCCUGCCAGUCAAGCACCAGUUGCCAUAGUGUCACACCCACAUUAACUUGACAUUUCUGGAAAAAGCAUUUAAAUUUUAAUUUAGCAAUAAAUGUUUUCACCCAGAACAUUUUUAUCUCGCAUUGAAGUGCCUAAUAGAUGUCUUGAUUAUCAAUAUAGAGUAAAUAUUACUGUAUGAAUCAAAAGCUAUAUUGAAGUGUCAUUUUAAGUAUGACUUAGUUUAUUUAACUGAGGUUUAAUAUCGUAACCUUAGUUAUGAUUAACUCAUUCAGAUACUUUGCAAAGAAAUAAAAUUCAAAUGUCCUUGCAAUUUAGAUUGCUGCUUUAUGUUUGUAUGAUGAAUAACCUGUCUUUAAUAAAUAUCAGGAAUUCCUAAA